ACACACAAGGCCACAACAGCACACAAUGUCAAUUGUGUAAUCUAAACGAUUUAAGGGAGAGCUUUGAUUUUACUGUGCCAGGCAGAUGUUUUUAUUAUUUACAAUUUGUAUUAAGUUACUAUUUCAAAUAAAAUAAAACAAAAUAAAAAAGGAGUUAAUAAAUUGCCCAUCAGCAUGCACACAACCAAGAUUAAGGACGGCGAUGAACGGGAGGAUAUAGAGCUGAACCAAAUCUGGCGCGCUUGUCGUAAAAUUCAAGGCGCCAUUUUCCGUUAUAACUUCGACAUCUGUGCGGACUUAAAGCAACACGAUCCCGACUGCACGGGCUAUGUGUCGGAGUCUAUAUUCACAUCGGUGCUGGGCAAGUACCGCAAGGUGGUCGGCUUAUCAGAGUUUGAGCUGAAAGAUGUCACCGAUUACUUUCAAAUACGCGAUGGACGCGUCGCCUAUCGCCAGUUCUGCAAGACGGUCUGCUCAGAAGUUCUGAACAAGACUGCCGAUAAGGAACUGGCUACUGGCCUGGAGUGGAAUGAUCCCUGGCACUUGAAUGUUAUAGUUCAGCCGGAAGAACGUCGCAGGCUGUGCUUGAUAUUGUUUAAAAUAGCCAAAGAAACGCACUUGCCAUUGAUGCCCUACUUUCAGGACUAUGAAUUGGUAUCCCAACAUGUGGGCGUUGUGACCGUCUCGCACUUCUCACGCGUCCUCCAUUUUAUGAAGAUACCAUUAUCGGAGGCCGAUUUCUUGCUCUUGCUCAAGCGCUACAUGAAGGACGGCUAUUUGGUCAACUAUGUGGCCUUUCUCAAGCACAUUGACAAUAUCAUUGACUACUUGCGCCAGCACAAUCUGCUGGAUGGCUCGGGAGAUCUGAUUGAAAAUUUUCCCGGACGCCUGGUCGAUCUAGAACUGUCGCAAUUGCCAGCGAUCAAUGGCUGUCAAAUGAUACAUCCCAUAUUUCCGGAUGCGUGCAAUCACCCGAAGAAGAAUCGCGGUGAAUGCGACAUUGUCUUCUGCAUACAGAACUACAUAUAUAAGAAUCGUAUACGCACCUGUGAGUUCCUGGAGAAGUUCGAUACGCUGCAGGUGGGCAGCAUCACCAAGAAUCAGUUCGAGCGCGGUCUCUCGUGCAUGGGUGUGGGCAAAUAUUUGUCGCGACGUGAACUGGACUUGGUGAUGGAACGCUACUUGGAUCCGGUGGACACAAACCGCAUACGCUGGCGCAAUUUUGUUGAUGAGAUCGAUACGGUGUUUACCAUGAAGAAUCUGGACAAGAUGCCGCAAUGUGUGGUUGAGUCACCGUUGCUUCACAUCAAGGAGAUGCCACGGCCUGGUACCCUGGACUGGCAGGCGGCACCAAUUGACGUGCGAGAGCUGUGCGAGGAUGCCAUAUCCAAAAUCCGACUACGCAUACGUAAUCGUCGCCUUUACCUGCAUCCGUUCUUCCGCAACUAUGACAAACUAUUUAGUGGUCAUGUGAACUGCCACCAGGCCAAUCAAAUCUUUCGCAUUAAUGGCAUAUUGCUAUCAAAUGCCGAACUGGAUGCUGUGCUGCAUCGCUAUGGCAAUGAGCUGGGCUUUUACUAUACCAAAUUCUUGGAGGAUGUCGAUCCGGCUGAGUAUGCCAUGCCCACCAUGGCUGCCAAACAGGAUCUGCAAGAAUGCCCGCCAUUCCCACGCGACAGCAAGGCGCCCGAACAGCCCAGCGAAGAGGUCAUCACGCGCAUCCUGACCAGCGCCAAGCGACAGGCUCUAACCAAGGGUGCUUCGGUCUUUGACUUUCUGUCGGACUACGAUCGUCAUCGCGAGGGUGAGAUAUUGGAGAGCGACUUUAAGCGCGCCCUGGACAAUGCUUUGGUCAUACUCAGCGAGGAAGAUGCCAACAUUUUGUGCAAUGUCUUCCGUUCGCCGUCUCGAAGGGCCUGCAUCUUGUAUCGUGACUUCUGCAAGGCUUUGGAUGAGAUCUUUAUACAAUACGAUACGAAUAUGGGUGACAAGCUGGUCACUGCUGUGCCGCUGCUGCACUUGCCAAACCUGGACUGUUUCGAUUGUUUCCUCAACUUUGAUGAGCGCACCUCUUGCUCACAGGCACUGAUGAAGCUCGCCCGCCGCCCGGAUGAGAUCUCCAAUCUCAGCCAGGUGUUCAAGGACUUCGAUCGCCAGAGCUGCGGUUCGGUUACCCAGAACCAAUUCCUGCGCGCCAUCACCUUACGUGAAAUGCACAAUAUGCUCAGCAGUCGCGAGUUCGAGUCGAUUGUGAAGUGUUUUGCCGUGAAGCGCGGAGUCUGCUUGGAGUUCAACUAUCGCGAGUUCCUUAAGAUCUUGGAAGUGCUCCAUGCUACGGGCCAGGUUAAGCGUAAUUACUAAUAAAUUCUCUGUGUACUUUUGAGGUUUUCCAAAGUUUUCGUAUCCGUGUUACCGCCCCGCGUCUUUCAGCAUCGAAAUCUCACUUUGAGCGUGUUUUCAUACUUAAAUAAAAACUUGUUUAUUUAAU